GUCACAUCCGUCGACAGCAAUAGCCUCGUCAAUAGUCACACAAACUCAUCUACGAUGCCUCCCAAACGCGAUCUCAACAAAGUCGGGACGGAACAGUCCGACUUUCCCAUCUUGUGCGAGACGUGUCUCGGAGAGAAUCCUUAUGUUCGGAUGAGCAAGCAGGAGUACGGAAAGGAAUGCAAGAUCUGUGUACGACCCUUCACCGUCUUUCGUUGGAACCCCGGUAGUGGAGCCAGGUUCAAGAAGACCGAGAUCUGUACCACCUGUGCCAAGAUCAAGAACGUCUGUCAGACGUGCUUGCUUGAUUUGGAAUACGGUCUGCCGACUCAGGUCAGGGAUGCCGCUCUGGGGCGAAUCAACACGGCUCCUACGUCGGACAUCAACAAGCAGUUCUAUACCCAGGUCAUGGAACAACAGAUGGCCAACACGUCGUCUGGCAUGAUGGCCGAUACCCACGAUGCGCAGCUCGCUUCUUCUGCGGCCAAGGAGAUGUUGAAGGAGAUGGCGAGGAAAGAUCCUCAUUACAAGAGGAACCGACCCCAUAUCUGCAGCUUCUUCUUGAAGGGGGACUGUAAACGAGGCAACGAGUGUCCUUUCCGACAUGAGAUCCCGGCAGAGAACGGUCUGGAAAAGCAAAACCUGCAAGAUAGAUAUUACGGACGGAACGAUCCCGUGGCCAAGAAGAUCCUGCGUGAUAAUGCCGAGAGCAAGGGUCUCACACCGCCAGAGGAUAAGAGCGUCACUACCCUCAUCUUCUUGACGUUACCGGUCUGCGGGGAGCCCGACGUACGGUCAUCCCUGAUGAGCGCCUGCCCAUUCAUCCAGGCCAAACAGAUCAAGACAAUCACAACCGUUGCUGCCAGUCACUGCGCCUUCGUAAUCUUCCAGGAUCGAGCGACUGCGGAGCGAGUAGCAGACUCAUUAACCGCCCAGGGUGGUAUCGAGGUGCUGGGCAAACGUGGCAAGGUCGUCUGGGGUCGACCAAGACCAGCUAAAAAGGCCAUCACGGCAUCGGCCACCGCUACCGCUGUCAGCGCGUAAGCAAAGGGUUCGAUCUACCUAUAAAUCUAUAGAUUGCUUGUGACUAGUAAUCACGAUCGUCACAGGUUUCAAAACGCCGAGAGAUACGUCAGCCGUUCCCAGCCCACCAGAAUUCGCCAUAGGGCAUGAGUGCCGUCACGCAAAAAUUGUCCCUGGAGUCGCUAUCUUGGAGUUAACGGCGAAAAUCGCUAAGCGAUGCUGGUAGCUUCAACAGUUGACAGUAGACUCGAUUAUCAUCCAUUUGAUGGCAUUGUCGUCGUCGCCGCUAAGGUGGCAUCUCUAGUCUAAAAGUACCAACUUGCAUCAAAACCCUCAAUGACACCGACGCCAACAA